AUGGGGUCUUCUCCGCAAACUCAGAAUGGCCACCAGGACCGAGAUGUUCAUCUUGCCUCUCAGGAUGCUUCUGACUUGAUCGGUCCUCAUGCAGAAUUGUCGAGUACUGAAAGCGACACAGAUCUCGAGAGCGAUGACACCGCAGUUUUUGAAAGUGACUCCCAAGCGACGAGGAGAUUGGAGUCCGCGCCGCUGAUAACCAAUCACCGACGAUUGCGUUCCACAGAUGAAGGUGAUGAUGAUCAUGACGGUGUGCUCGGGCCGGUCGAGGACGAAGAGAAACCAGUGACUUGGAGUUCGCUACCGAAGAAGGGCCAAUUAGCGAUCUUGACCUUAGCGCGACUUUCAGAGCCGUUGACGCAGACCUCUCUGCAGGCAUACAUGUUUUAUCAGCUCAAAUCGUUUGAUCCAUCAUUACCUGACUCAAAGAUCUCCGCGCAGGCGGGUAUCCUUCAGGGUAGCUUUACAGCCGCGCAAUUUAUCACCGCUAUUUGGUGGGGACGUCUUGCUGAUGCUGAAUGGAUGGGAAGGAAGAGAGUGCUGUUGAUCGGAUUGAUGGGCACUUGUCUGUCUUGUGUAGGCUUUGGCUUCUCUCGAUCUUUUGCGACGGCCAUGGUCUUUCGGACACUGGGCGGGAUAUUGAAUAGCAAUGUUGGAGUGAUGCGGACGCUCAUUGCAGAGAUCAUUUCUGAGAAGAAAUAUCAAUCCCGCGCAUUUUUACUCCUACCCAUGUGCUUCAAUAUCGGUGUAAUCAUAGGUCCAAUCUUGGGAGGCUCUUUGGCCGAUCCGAUCCACAGCUUUCCACAAUUCUUUGGCCCGGGAUCUACCCUUGGAGGUAAAGAAGGUGUCUGGUGGAUGCAGCAUUGGCCCUAUGCAUUGCCGAAUCUUUUGAGCGCAGUCUUCAUAUUCGCAUCAUUUCUUGCAAUCUUCCUUGGGCUCGAUGAGACCCAUGAAAUUGCACGUUAUAGAAGGGACUGGGGUCGCAAACUGGGCAAGCGGCUCACAAGAGCUUGGAAUAGACGACCCCGGCACUAUCAUCCACUGACACGCUCCAGAGAUGAUGACUCCAUUUACACGGACGGCAGCGUCGGUACUUGGUCCACUCCUUCAAGUCCAGCCCGCUCUCGCGUGCAUCCACAGCCACAUAAAAAGAUAGGGUUCCGCCAGAUCUGGACACGCAACGUUAUCUUGACUUUAGUGGCUCACUUCCUGCUCGCUUUCCACACAAGUGCCUUCAACUCUAUGACAUUUGUAUUCUUACCCGCACCCCGUGCGCCAGAGAACUCCCAGCAAGGUCUUUUCCAUUUCGGCGGUGGACUAGGUCUUCCAUCAUCCCGAGUUGGACUUGCUACUGCUAUCAUUGGAUUCAUCGGCCUGCCACUGCAGAUCUUCCUCUAUCCACGGAUACAGACAAAGCUUGGCACACUCACGUCAUUCCGAACGUUCCUUCCCUUUUCGCCUAUCGCAUACGUGCUGAUGCCCUUCCUUGUGAUUCUUCCACGCAUACCAUGGAUUGUUUGGCCUUCCUUCACGUUCGUUGUUAGCUUGCAGGUCAUCUCGCGGACAUUCAUCCUGCCCGCUGCUAUUAUCCUGGUGAACAACUGUGUCACGGAUCCAUCUGUCCUGGGCACAGUCCAUGGAGUGGCACAGAGUAUCUCUAGUGGAGCUCGGACACUAGGGCCAUUUUUGGGUGGCUGGGGGCUAGGGUUGGGCCUCGAGAAUAAUAUGAUUGGGGCUGUCUGGUGGGCACUGGCUGUUGAGUCAUUGUUUGGUUGGGUUAUGCUGUGGAGCAUUUCCGAGGGCAAGGGAAUCGAACGGAAGAAAGAUGAGACAGAGGAUGAGGAGUGA